GUCUUUUUACACCUCCGGAAUGCUGGGAUAUCUGUCAUGGCCGCCAUUGUCGAAAAGAAAACGCAGUUUUCUCUGUGAUUUUCUCCAGAUUUCUCCUGUACCGGGAACUCUAACUCCGCCACAAUUCUCCUGACGUGGUCAUUUAGAACUUAGAGCUCACGAUGUCGGGCUAUGACUACGGAGAUGUGUGUGAUAUGGACAUAUCCGACAGCGAAGACUCUCCAGGUCCCAUGAUGCCAUCAGACCCAGGGGGGUCCCCCCCUCCCCUCCCGGCAGGACCUCCCCCCAGGCCAUCACAACCACCCCCUCCACCAGUUCAGGUCGCAGCAAGACAAGGGGGGACCACUGAAACUGGCUCAGGUAACUUCUCCAAGCCAGCCGGUUGGUCAGAUGUGCCCAAAGAGUUGAUGAAAUUAGGCUGGCGGAAGCUGUGGAGUAAACAGAAGCAACGUCCAUACUUCUUCAACAAGAAAACCAAGAAGGCUACUUGGAAGAUGCCAGAAGUACCUCAGAAGGAUUCCAGUGCAAUCUCCAGCCUGAUCGAUGCCUACGGGUCAUCAGAUGAAGAAGAGGAGGAAGGCAGGCAGAGUAAAAGGAAAAGAAAAGUGGUCGCGGCCCCACCAGAGAAGUUGAGACUGGUGGUGCUCCAGUCCACGGCCGUCCGCUCCGGAACCCUCUUCACUACGGGCAGAUCCAACGCCAACAUCGGACGGCUCAACCAACCAAUCACCAUCCAGGAGGUUGCCGUCAGCAAGGUCCACUCUGAGAUCCAGUAUAAUGAGAAGACGCACCAGUUCAUGGUAAGAGAUGUGGGCAGUAUGAACGGAACCUUCCUCAAUGGCACCAGGUUGGCUCAGCCUAAGAAGGUUAGUGGCCCGUUCCCCAUCAGCCAUGGAGAUGAGCUGAAGGUUGGGAACACGGUGAUGCAGGCCCACGUCCACCCUGGGAACGACUCCUGCUUCGACUGCAGACAGCUCACAGACGUGCUCCUGGGCAGUAGGAAAGAGGAGAUGGUUAGGGAAAAACCAAGAAUGGAGUAUGGUGGUCAGGAGGGGCAGUACGGAGCGGCACCCCCUACCUGGGAAGCUGCAUCACAGCAGGGGUACCGAGGUAACGCAGGUGAAGAGGACCCGGCUGAUAGCCUGAAGCGCCAGGUGCAGCAAGCACUCGACGCACUCAAAGCACCUCCCAAAGCGCCACCUAGCGCUCCAACGUUUGAACCGCAGCAGGCUCCUCCUCCCGACAUGAGUAGUGUGUUGGGCCUGCUCAAAUCAACGGGGACACCUAGCGGCCAGGAUUCAUCAUUGCAGCAGUCUAUCCAGCAUGUUCUGGAUGUUGCAAAGUUUGCUCCUCCAGGAGCGCCUCCUAGUGGUGAACUGUUACAAGUGCAGCAGGACGCACAGCCUCAGGUGCACCAUGCUGCACCAGCAGUGCCACCUGGUGACGAAAAGGACUCACUGCAGCAAGCUGUACUGCAAGCACUCAACACUGGGAGUAGAGCUGCCCCAGCAGUGCCCCCUGCUGAUCUGAAUCCACCACUGCAGCAGGAACCACUCUUGCACACUCCAGGGAACUCCAGUGAUCUACCAAAGACACUCAUUGAGGACACAUCGUUGCAGGACUCGAUUCUCAAGGCUCUAGAGGCCAUCAAGUCGGUACCCGGGCUUCUCCCACAAGUGUUGCCACCUGGGAUCGGUCAAGAGAAAGACUCUUCUGUAACACAAGUCGAACAGUAUUCACAAUUACAAUCUUCACAGACUUUGGAACUUGAGCAGAGAGUUGUACAGCCACAAAUGAGAGAACGGAUAUUUACAGAGGGAAACGUUGCUCCUGACAUUGCUCAUUCUAAGUUACCCCCUCCCACUCAGCAGGCUUUGCUCGAAAAGGAAGCAAAACCCCCAAAAGUAGUUCACUCACCCCUUGCCCCAAGCGACAAAGACAUGCCCCUACAACAACCAUCACUGUACAAAGUGGAAACCCCGUCAAAAUCAGGCCAUCUAAGUGCUCCGCCAGUCAGCAAAGAUGCGCUAGUAGAACAGCAAUCACUAUUGGUAGAGGCCGUCUCAAAAACUGUACAUGUGCCACAGGUAUCCCAACCCUCGGCCGCACCAACCAAGCCUCCCCGUUCAAUACUCAAGCAGCCUGCACAGCCAAUGGCUGACCAAGAAGAGAUAUUUCCAAGCCAACCUAAGAAGGAGAAAGUGUCUAAAGUUCAGUCUCCCGUGACCCAACCUGUGCCAAACCAGCCCCCAUCAGAAAAAGAGAAGAUUGUAGCUCCCUCUAGCACUGCCUCGUCGUCUGUAAAAAGUACCGCAUUGAGCAAGACUGACACUGCACCAAAGGUUGAAACCAUACUUGUGAAGCCUAGUAUUGUGCCCAAAGUCAAACCGGUAACAUCCAACAUCGACGGUCCCCCGGAGGUGAAACCGGUGCCCACCACCGAUGCCCCGCCCCCUCCUCUACCUAAGGUGAACGCAGCGCCGGAGGUCGAGCUCCCGCCACUUCCCCCGACAGACCAGGAUGACCGCGUAAAGCCUGCCCCGCCAGCGGUACAAUCUGCGCCCGAAGUAGACUUCCCACCACUGCCGCCUUGUGACCAGGACUUGCGUGUGCGCCCUCCGCCAUUGCCUCCAGCGAGCAGUGCCGCCCCACCCCCGCCACCGACCAGCACUCCACCUCAACAGACGCCUUAUCCCAGCUGGACAAGCGAUACUCCUGCUACGUCCACGCCACAGCCACCCGCCCCUCCCCCCGCUCCACCAUUCGACAUCACCAAACCACCACCACCACCCCCACCUCCCGAUGAUGCACCCCAACCCCCUCCUCCUCCAUCCGAUACAGCCCCUCAGCCGCCGCCCCUACCACCCCCGGUAUCCACUGAAGCUACGUCCAUGUACCAGCAGUAUUACGACCCUGGUACAGGCAUGUACUCCCAGGCCUACAUGCAGCAGUACCCGCCCCCAUCCAUGUCAGGAGGGUACGACUGGGCAGCCGCUGCACAGUGGUACAGCCAGGCCAUGGCGUAUUCACAGGGAUACAUGCCUAAUAUGGACAUGGCCAGUCAAAGCUGGGCAGGGACUGGUUGGCAGGACAACAGCGCCAAUGCUGACUGGCAGACGGACAUGUCACAGGAAAACAAGGAAGCCAUGGCUGGACAGUCGGAGAACCAGGUGACACCUGGCAACGAAAUGGGUGGGCCACCUGGCAACCAGAUGGGUGGAACACCUGGCAACCAGAUGGGUGGACCGCCUGGCAACCAGAUGGGUGGACUGCCUGGUAACCAGAUGGGUGGCAACCAGAUGGGUGGCAACCAGAUGGGUGGACCACCUGGCAACCAGAUGGGUGGACCUGGCAACCAGAUGGGUGGCAACCAGAUGGGUGGACCUAGCAACCGGAUGGGUGGACCUGGAAACCAGAUGGGUGGACCACCUGGAAACCAGAUGAGAGGACCACCUGGCAACCGGAUGGGUGGACCAAUGAACAACCAGAUGAGAGGACCACCCGGCAACCAGAUGGGUGGACCAAUGAACAACCAGAUGAGAGGACCACUUGGCAACCAGAUGGGUGGACCAAUGAACAACAGGAUGGGUGGACCAAUGAACAACCAGAUGGGUGGACAAAUGAACAACCAGAUGGGUGGACCACCCAGAAACCAGAUGGGCAUGCCUGGUAACAACCAGAUGGGUGGACCACAAGGUGGUCAGAACGCGGCACCCGGUAACAACUGGCAAAACAGAGGACGGCCCACUGACAGGGCAGGACCAGGUGGUUUCCAUGACGACAUGGAGCUGGACGAUGGUUGGACCGAUGCUGAUGGUCCUCCCUGGCAGAGGAACCAGGGUGGGAACAGGCCAGGCCAGGAGAAGCCAGUGAAAAAGGGCAUCCUAAAGAGGAAGAGUCAGCAAGACGACUCGACUGUUUCCGCCAAUGAGACCCCCCUUGGUCCUCCACCUGCCAAGUUAGCUGGAAGGUUCGGUGGAUCGGACCAGGGCGCGAGACCUGUGCCCUUCCAACCCGGACCACCCAAAACUGGACCUGCGGUACCGGAGACAGUUGGCCAGCCUGGACCAUCAGACGACAGCAUGGACCAGAUGUGGAACGACUUUGACAACGAGGUGACCGUCUUAGAGCAGCAACUCAUCGCCAAGGGGAUCAAGAAGAAGCCUGGAGGAGACAAACAGGACGAGCCCAACCUGCCGGACACACGAGAGCUGGUGAUCCAGUCACUGGUACAGAUGGGCAUGCCCACUCCCACAGAGGAGGCUAUCCAAAAUGUGUUGCAGAACGAAGCACUGGUCAAACAAAUCCAACAGAUCUACAUCGCAUCCACGGCAGCUGCAGCUGAGAAGGAUGCUGCAAAGCCCACCCAAGAGCCCCAGCCACCCGUGCAGGCCAGCGUGGAAGAGCGCGAGGCCGCCAUCGAACUCCUGAUGAACCUGAAACAGCCAAUCACAGACGAGAGCAUCGAGAAGAUCCUUCAGGACACGGAAGUGAUGCAGUACAUCCGGCUGCAGGUGGAGAAGAAACGUGCCCUAGAGGAGGCUAAACAGGCUGUGGCCGCCAAACAGGGCGCCGCCUCCAAACAGGGUGCCGCCUCUCUCGUGGAUGUAGACUACCGGAGAAGGCCUACCCACGAAGAUGACUACAGAAGGACUCCACCCAUACCUAGUGAGGUGCCUGGCGGUUUUAGGAGAAUGGCUCCUAUGAGGCCUGAGGAGCCAGGCUACGGCUACGAUGACCACUAUGAGAGAAUGCGACAACACGACCGUGAAGGCUAUUGGGGUAGAGGUCGCCCCCCUCCCCCUAGGAGAAGGGAGGGUGAUAUGCCACUCAAGAACGAACCUGUCGUAGAAGAGAAGGCUGAAAAGCCAGAGGACAAGGCCACGGGUUCAAGAAGGGGGUCGUUCUUUAAACCUGUGGAGGUAGCAAAGAAGGAUAGUGUAGCCGCCCUGUACAACAUUGACAAGGAAAAGGUGAAGGGGUUCAGUACAAAACUGUUAGAAGCACUAAAGGGAGCUCGUGAGAAGUUGGGAGAAGGAAACGAAGAUAAAGACGACCAGGGCAAGACCUCAGCGAACUUCUCCGAGCAGCUGACGGUAGCCUUUACCGAUUUGAAACUGCAGGAGGAAAUGCAGAACCUUUUCCACAGCUGCCACCAAUCCCAGCAGCCGUCUCAGGACUCUAAGGAAAAAUCGCAGGAUGCCAACGGAGACUCGCUGCAGUCUGCCCAAGUGUCGAGCACGUCAGAGCAAGGUGCGGACUCACAGGGAACCUUCGGUAUAACACAGCAAGCCAUUGUGGCUUUCACCCAGGCAUUGACCCCUCACCUGAACCUUCCCGCUCUCCUGACUGGGCAGGGCGGUCAAGAGGAUGCAACCCUCAAAUCAGACACUAAAGAAGGACAGGAGGAAGAGAAAGAAAAGGCAGGAGAUUCUCAAAAGGAAGAUGACAAAAAAGAUAGUUCUGAGGACGAACAGACUAAAGAAUCAGAUAAAUCAAGUGAAGAUGGCAGUAAGGGAAACAAGGACAGCAAAGAGACUGGAGACUCUGUAAAAGACUCCUCUGCUAGCACAAUUACCGAGGCAGCGGUUCAAAGCUUUACCUCAAAACUUAUUGAGCAGCUGUGUGUUCUGAACAAAGAGAUUGUUCACAAACUAGGCAGUAAAGCCAGUGAAGACCUGGCCAAGCCAGGUCCUUCAGGAGAGGGCCACAGAGGGGGACACGAGGGAAGGUUCCCACCAGAUCGAGAUCCCUACUACCAGGACCCCUGGUAUGCCCCCGGGCACGAGCGGUAUGGCAGAAGGGACCCCGAAUGGGAUGCAUACUACAGAGACCAGUACUACAGAGAGCAGUACUACCGGGAGAGGGAAAUGUACUACAGGGAGAGAGGUGCACGGUAUUCGGAACUAGAUAGACCAUAUGGUAGAGAACGGCUUCCCGCGGAGGGGCCGAAGUAUGCUCGCGAGUGGGACGAGUAUGAAAGACGACGUGCACAAGUUAGAAGAGGGAAUCCGUUGUUAGACCGGAGACAUGAAGAUCAUGCAAGGUCAAUGUCUCCUGCUGCAGGGAGGGCGUCCGACUCUCCCAGGUUAGGUCAGAGGUCACUGUCAAAAUCGCCAGUGAGAGAACUGCAGAGGAGGUUAGGAGGGGAAGAGACUCGGGGGUCCCUAACAUUUGAAGUGUUCGAGUACAUCACCGAAUUCGACAAAGGUGGGAAAGAAGUCGGAAGAAGGAUGGGCGACGAUAGAGAUAGGAGGCCGGAAGAGCGAAGAUCUGGAGAGAGGAGCGACAGUAGGAAUCGAGACAGAGGGAGAAGUCCAAGCAGUGAGAAGUCAAAAUCGCCAAAGGAGGACAACAAACCCAAAGAGCAUAGCUUUGCCUUCAAGAGGCAGCAGCUGAAGAGGCGUGCCAUGCAGUUCCUACAGGAGUACGUACGGGAGAAGGGGCACAGCAUCAGCGUGGUCGUUCUCAACACUGUCACCCAGAACGAGGAAUUCUUACUGGAAUUCUGCGACUUCCAGGACGGAAUCAUGAAGAAGUCACAGUUCUACCAGCGCGUUCAGGACUACGUGGAGCUUGCCGACAUCAAGAUGUCACUAAGCAAGAAAGGCAAGAAGUUUUCCAGCCUUGCAAGAGAUGCUGACGUCGAAGACAUUCCAGAAAAGACUUUCGGCCAGCCGCCGAUGCAGAUCCCAGGCGAGAAGAAGCCUGACAAUGCCGAUUCGGAUUCCGAGUCGGAAACAGAGAUGGACUCCUUACGGCGACAGAAACAGCAGCUAUUCCAAAAGAGGAGCAACAUGAUCAAGGAAUUGAGCCGCCUUCGAGACCGGUUAGACCGAUCGCUAGACCCUGACGAAAAAGCCGAACUGGGGACACAAAUUCUAGAAAAGGAGACUGACCUACAAAAUGUAAAGGCAGAGAUUGCAAAAAUAGGGGAAGCAAUGCAAGAGAAGGAAAGAUAGGAGAGAAGAUAUUCGUGCAUAAUUUGCAUGCAGAAUGUAAUUUUGUAGCUUUAAGAAUGAAUGGAUGAAUUCCCUCCUCCAUGACAUAGACACAUGGUAGUCUUUCUUGACUCAACUUUCAGGUAGCUGAUAAAGCUAGAAUUCAGAUCUUGAAAUAGUUUUGAUACUAGUAUUAGAAGAGGAAUGGCCACAUUUUGCCUCAUGUAAUUUGCUGAUGUUGACAACCGUACAGUAUUCCUUAAGAGUAUUUUACUUUCGCCAUAAGAUGAGUUCUUGUUUGAGGGGUAAGAAAGAUGUGGAAUUAAAAGCACCAAGAUUGUUUCAAAUGUUGGUAUUUGGUGUUUGUACAAAAUAGCAUCUUUCUUGCAAAAUCAGUUUGAAAAGUUGAGAGAUCUCUUUUCAUGGCAGAUGAAGAAGUAAAAAAUGUAGAAAAUAUUGUGGGAAAUGUAUUUUGGUCCCGGCCUGUAGAAACACUGUAAAAUUCAGUGAAACGAGGGUUGUAGAAAACCUACACCAUUUCUUUUCUGUCUAAGGUUAUCUGUUGUUUGAUGAGGUUUAGAUUUUGUUUGAAAUGUCCGACAGGAGGGACCCGGUACCCUGUGCCUUUCAGUAAAUUGGCUGCGUCAGAAAUCUCAAUAUAAAUAGUUGCCACUUUGUUAGAGCUACUGUCCUGUACAUGUCUACAUAGCAAUUGCAAUAAAACAGCCGCUCAGUCCUGAAA